AUGCCGUGGGCUGGCAGGGUUCAGAAGACAUGCUUCGCCAGAGCGAUGGCGGCGGUUUUGAUCUGUCUUCCAAGCUUUGCCUUCGUUUCUUUGCCCUCACAGGCCAUCUCCUUUGGGCGGCUCUGUGGGCCGCAGCUUGAGGCACCUGGACGAAGGGCGACAGCCUUGUCGGCCACCUUGAGCUGGACCCCUUGGAGGACGCAAGGCACGAUGAUGGAGCGCCUGAGUCCACGCGAGUGGCUCCGCAUGUAUCGCAUCCUUGGGCUUUCUGAGGAUGCCACGAAGGCGCAGGUGACGAAAGCAGCCUCGCGGCUGCGAAGGAAAUAUGCUGAGGAUGAGGAUUCCUUGCAACGAGUGGAGACAGCCAAUUUGUGGAUCAUGACGAAGUUGUUGAGCGAGAAGGAGGAGGCCCUGAAUGCCAAGCAGCAAGCGAACCGCUUGAGGGAACUGGGAGAUUCCCCUCGCAGGCUCUUCCAGAAGUACGUGGCUGGCUACAUUCCGCCGGGCGUUCGUCGCAUGAUGGAACCACCCACCACCAAGCACUUCCGAUGGGCCAGUGGUUUGAUGGGGGCCUUCGCCUUGAUGGGCCUCUGCGUGCCAACGCAAGCGACUAACUUCAUUGGUUUGGCCGCUGCCUCUGCGAUGGGUCUUGUGUAUCAGCGCAAUCGACCGGAGCCGGUGCGGGACGACAUGGGCAACAUUGGUGCCGCCGGGAGCCCAAUUGUGAAGGCAUUGGUUGAAGAACACCUCUGGUUGGACGUCUACUUUGCAAAGCUUGCGGAGCAGGCGGAACGUGAGGAGCUUAGUUGGGUGAGCGUCGAUUUUAACAAGACUUCCCGGAAACGAAGGAAGAAAGGAACGAAUGAACGAAGGAACGAACCCACACGCCCGCAGCAUGUGUUUGCCAGCCUCUGCACAGCCACUGCAUGGCGAGCUCGCCAGCUCUCUGGGGCGCGCCUGGCCCGCUAUGAUGAGAUGGCAGACUACAUGAAGGCCGUGGGCGAUGAUGGCUCGGAGCUCUCCGUGGAGGAGCGCAACUUGCUGUCCGUGGCCUACAAGAACACGGUGGGCUCCCGCCGUGCGGCCUGGCGCAUCAUUUCAAGCGUAGAGCAGAAGGAGAAGUCCAAGGGCAACGAGACACAGGCGGGCUAUGCCAAGGAUUACCGCGUCAAGGUAGAGAAUGAACUGCAGAAGAUCUGCGACACCAUCCUGAAGUUGCUGGAUCAGGGUCUCAUCCCUAAGGCGACACAGGCGGAGUCCAAAGUCUUCUAUCAGAAGAUGAAAGCUGACUACUACCGCUACAUUGCGGAGUUCCGCAGCGGCGACGAGAAGAGCAAGGCUGCCGAGGAAGCGCGGAAGGCUUACGCCGAAGCCGCAAAGGUGGCCAGUGAGGACUUGGCCGUCACACAUCCAAUUCGUCUUGGCUUGGCCUUGAACUACUCGGUCUUCAUGUACGAGGUGCUGAAUGAUCCUGAUGAGGCCUGUAAGAUGGCGCGCACCGCCUUUGAGGAUGCCAUUGCUGAGCUGGACAAUGUGGCAGAGGACAGUUACAAGGAUUCGACUUUGAUCAUGCAGCUGUUGCGAGACAAUCUGACCCUCUGGACUUCGGACCAGGAGGCCGGAAACUAA